GAGUUGUGAAUUGAGCAUAAAGUGUGCCGCAAACCAGCUUCAUAUGCUUAAUCUAUUCAACUUUGGGAUCUUCACUUGUAUAAGUAGUACAUAAACUUCAUCAUUCCCUCGUACUUCUCUCCGAAAUCAAUCCGGUACCCUGUCUGAUAAUCGGAUAUCGGAGAGUAAGUAGUAAGAGAAGAUGAGAAGUGCCAAGAUUCUGCAAUUUGUUCUUGGAGUCUUGGUGUUGCUGAGUGGGGUAUUGGUGGAAGCAGAGGACGCAUAUAGAUUUUAUACAUGGAAUGUCACAUAUGGAACCAUCUCUCCUCUUGGUGUCCCUAAAAGGGGGAUCCUCAUCAAUGGACAGUUUCCAGGUCCAACAAUUGACAGUGUGACCAAUGACAACAUUAUUGUCAAUGUCUUUAAUGAGCUUGACGAGCCUUUUCUCAUUACUUGGAAUGGUAUUCAACAGAGAAAGACAUCAUGGCAAGAUGGUGUUCUGGGGACUAAUUGUCCAAUCCCUCCAGGGAAAAACUGGACAUACCAUUUUCAAACAAAGGACCAGAUUGGAACUUUCUCAUAUUUCCCAUCAACAAUAAUGCAUAGAGCUGCUGGGGGUUUUGGGGCUCUAACUAUUAGCUCAAGGUCUGUGAUACCGAUCCCAUACCCGAUCCCGGACAAAGAGUUUACGCUCCUCGUUAGUGAUUGGUACAAUGCUGAUCACAAGGAUUUACAGAAAAAAUUGGACCAAAGUAGUCCUCUCGGUUUCCCUGAUGGCAUUCUUAUAAAUGGACUUCCUACCUCUGCUACAUUUACUGGUGAAAAAGGGAAAACUUACAAGUUCAGGGUGACAAAUGUGGGCAUUGCAACCUCAAUCAACUUCAGGAUCCAGAACCAUACCAUGACUCUUGUGGAAGUUGAAGGAUCUCAUACUUUGCAAGAGGUGUAUGACUCACUUGAUGUUCAUGUCGGUCAAUCUGUUGCUGUCCUGGUUACUUUACAACAAUCGAUCAGCGACUACUUCAUCGUUGCUUCUUCCCGGUUCACUAGGAGGACUGUUCUGAAUGCUACUGCCAUUCUUCAUUAUGCUGGCUCUAACACCCCUCCCUCUUUGCCUAUUCCUCCUGGGAAAACCUAUCAUAUUCACUGGUCCAUGAAACAAGCCAGGACUAUCAGACUGAAUUUGACAGCAAAUGCAGCAAGACCGAAUCCUCAAGGAUCGUUCCACUACGGUACCAUUCCUGUUGUGAGGACAAUCAUUUUAGGAAAUUCAGAGACUAGGAUUGAUGGCAAGCUACAGUACGCUGUGAACAACAUUUCCUACGUUGAUCCAUCCACUCCAUUAAAGCUCGCUGACUGGUUCAGCAUCCCUGGAGUAUUUACCUUGAACAGCAUCAAGGACAAGCCAAUUUCAGUUCCAGCAGCAUAUGGCACAUCUGUAUUUGGAAUAACCCUUCAUGAUUACGUCGAAAUUGUCUUCCAGAACAAUGAGGGAUCGGUCCAAUCUUGGCAUUUUGAUGGAACUAGCUUCUUCGUCGUCGGAUAUGGUUCUGGUACUUGGAUACCGGAUAUGAAGAGACGAUACAAUCUGGUUGAUGGAGUUUUCAGACACACUGUUCAGGUAUAUCCAUAUUCAUGGAGUGCAAUCUUGGUAUCAUUGGACAACAAGGGAAUGUGGAACUUGAGGUCUGCGAUCUGGGAGAGAAGGUAUCUAGGACAACAAGUGUAUGUGAGAGUUGCGAACAAUGAACAGAGUCCGUUCACAGAGUUUGAAAUCCCUGACAAUGCAUUGCUGUGCGGAAAGGCCAAGACUGGAUAGGAUUUAUUGUGUUUGAUUUACUUGUAUUAUCUAAACAUCUGAUUAGAAUUUGUUAUUCUUAGUGGAGUAUCAGUUACGAAGGUGUGACUGUUGGGAAAAAGAAAGAGGGGGAAAUAUGCAUAGGAUAAGUAUUUAUCAUGUGUUAUUAUGUGAGAUUUCUUUACAGUUUGAUUUGAUUGAUAAUGAACAC